AUGACGGGCGAGAAUACUACCCCAAACCAGGAAUCUGGUUAUGACUUUAAAUAUGGACGUCGUUUCCACACUCAAUCAAGCACCGUUAUCCCCGAUGAUAAGCAAGAACAAGACCGCAUUAGUGGGCAGCAUCUCAUGAUCAAAAAGAUGCUUGGAGGCAAGCUAUUUGAAUCUCCCGUAGCCGACAUCCUUGAGAGUGGUACCAACGUGCUCGAUAGUGGAUGUGGACCUGGUGCUUGGCUCCUCGACAUGGCAACCACUUAUCCACAAUCAAAAUACUAUGGUAUUGAUAUUGCCAAGGAUCAAUUCCCUGCACAGUGGCCCUCCAAUGCCAAUUUUACCAUGUUGGACAUCACACAGUUGGCAGAUCACUUUCCUAGCAACCAUUUUGGCUUUGUAUACCAACGCCUUGUGGCAUGGGGUAUCAAGGAUUGGGAUAAGAAUGUUGAUGCCCAUAUGCAAAUCGUGGAACCAAAUGGGUGGAUGGAAUUUAUCGAGACUGUGAUUGUUCCAGAAUACUGCGUCAACAUGGGUCCCAAGAUGACCGCCUUUAUCAAUACAUUAUUACAAGGAAUCAAAGAGAAACAACUGGAUCUUGCAAUUGGAGCCAAGCUUCAAGAUAAACUUGCAUCUGCGGGUGCUAUCAACAUCGAAGUACGUAAGUCUCAUCUACCACUUAACCAUAGCGGUGAACCUGGCAUACGUACCUGGGCAAACAUCAGCAUGUUCCUUGCAAGUCUUCGCCCAGGCUUCGUUAAAGGAGAUGAUCGAUUUGAAGACAAGGCUUACUUCGAUGAAUACCUAGCCGAAUGUGGAGAGGAAUGCAAGGAAUUUCAAACUUGCUUUGUCACAUAUCGUAUAUCUGCCCAGAAACCAGACACCACCACACGCAAUUAA